AUCGUUAGAGGUUGGACGACAUGUUGGUAACAAUUCUACCGUUUUUGUUGGCCGCACACGUAGCCGUCGACGAGGACGCUCACCAGGCCUCCGACUGGCAACGAUACGGCCCAGAAUGCACAUAUGACGUCCUGGUGAACAUGUCUCUGUCCAACGUCGACGACAAAGAUGAUCGUACCUGCAUGACGACCGUGACCGAGCUAAGGUGCAGGCCAAAAGGCAGUGACACCCUCAGCUGUCGUUUCGCCAACUCAAAGAUGUUCAGCCUGGACGUGAGAGGGGAUGUGUGUCCAGAAGUGGAUAGAUUCAUACCGAACAACGACAGAUUCCGUGACCCGUUUGAGGUCAGAUUUAACUCAUUGGGCAUCGAGAACCUGGUCGUCCCGAGGAACAUCUCGAGUGGCAGGCUGGACAUAAUCAGAGACAUCGUGGGCCAGCUGAACAUAGGCUUCGAGCUGGAGAAGGGUAAGCAACGGUUCGUCGCCACGGAGAAGUCCAGUGUCGGAAACUGCGAGGUGGAGAUCAAGAUGUCGAGGCCAGGAUACGGGAGGGGUAGCGACAGUGACAGGAAGAUGGAGCAGGAUAUGGACAUUGUGUUUGAGCCCGAGAGACCGGAGAUCGUGCCCCUGAAUAGGGCGAUGCUGGAUAUAGAGAAGGUCAGACAGAUAAAGAAGUGCUCGGAAAAGUCGUUACAUUUCUUCGGGACCAAUGUGAAUCCAAAUUUGGAGAAGAAUAUUUACUUUGUCAUGACGACGUCAGUUACUCGCAUACGCAUUUCAGAAAAGGGGAUGACUUCGUGCACCGAAUCUACAGGCACGCUGAAUGCAGUGAACAAGGCCAUAACAAUGCCAAUCAAUCAGAAGAUAAGCUUGUCUCUGAGAAGCAUAACUCCAGCUCAAAGCUCGUUACCGGAUAUAAUGAAUCCAGCGUCGACUAGUUUGUACGGCUUUAGAAACAUUAAACAUUAA